AUGUCGUGGUUCAGACGAGAUCCGCCCAAUACAGUCAAUGAUACANGUGCAUGGGGCCACAAAUUCGUGCUCACAGACGAGCACCUAACACUAGAACAAAUGAACCCAGCAAAACACACAUGGGACUACCUAGGCGAAAACGCAUUAAACCGACUAAACGAAAUCUCGCCACCACCACCACGUACCCCUGAGAAAAAGUCAGAGGGCAAAGAACCAUUUCCUGAUGAUGAAAAGCAACCGAAGCCGGAUGUUAAACCUAAGAGGGAUUUGUUUGCAUUGCUGCGUGAUCAUGCUGGAGAGGACGAGGUGUUGCAGCAGCUCUGGCAGCAGGUAAACACGGUACCCGAGUGGGUGGAUUGGGAGCAGGUUGCUCGUGGCCAGGAUGUAUUUUACCGGUAUGGCGGGCCUGUUCUCACUGGACUGGCUUAUCAAUCUCUUCUCGGCGGACUCGGUGCAGCUCGAGUGACAGAGGUUCUAUCAAGGACGGGAGGAUUUGCAGUAGAUGUGGCGAGGAACCGUCUUUUCGAGANNACUACACAAUAUCUGCUACAGUGCACGAAGUCACUAGCAGAUAUACAGCCCGGUGGCGAGGGAUGGGCAGCCACGAUACGAGUACGACUAUUGCAUGCCACUGUACGAAACCGCAUCAUGAAACUGGCAGAGACACGGCCGGAAUACUUCGAUACCGCAAAAUUAGGAGUGCCCAUCAACGACAUGGAUUGCGUUGGCACGAUUGUCAGCUUCUCAAGCGCACUAAUCUAUCUGUCAUUACCACGCCAAGGCAUCUAUCUUCGUCCACAAGAAAUCGAGGACUACACUGCGCUAUGGCGGUACAUAGCGUAUGUGAUAGGAUGUCCAACCGACGGUCUUCUGGAAACAAAAGAGCAGAGCAAACGCAUCCUCGAUUGCAUCAUGAUGCACGAAAUCGCGCCAACACGCACAUCACAGAUCCUCGCAAACAACGUAAUCAGAAGUCUGCAAGACAAACCGCCAGGCUACGCGUCCGCUGAUUUCCUGCUCGCUGGAGCUCGAUGGUUGAAUGGCAACAAGCUUUGCGAUGCUUUGGCACUCCCAAAGCCGAGUAUAUACUACACGGCUCUAAUGGCUGGCCAAUGCAUCUUCUUCGGAUUCUGGUGCUACACCAAUCGCAUGAACAAGUCAACAGACCAGAAGAAGUUGGUAGUGCUGCGAGACAUAUUCUGGAAGAUCAUAGUCAAGGGAGGAUUGAAGGGCGAGGAGUCGACCUUUGACUUCAAAUACGUUCCCGAGUACAGUAUCAUGACCGAAAUGGGCGGUGUUGAGGAAGUCAAGACCAAGUCGGAGAUUGAGAUUGCGAGUCUCAAGUGGUUGCUGAUGGGCGUCGCUGUCGUGUCAGUGGUCGGAUUUGUAGUGGUCAAAGUCGGAUUCUUAGGAGCGCGUCUAGCAACCUGGGGUGUCAAGAGCGCAUGGGACCUUUUGUAG